AUGCAGAAGUUCGUGUAUCUAAGAGUUUUGAACUUUGAUGAGUGCAGAUAUUUAACACAUCUACCUGACUCCAUAGCUGGUCUUUCAAAUUUGGAGGAACUUUCUUUUCUAGGUUGUUUUAAUUUAAUUGCAGUUCAUGACUCGAUUAAUUUUCUUGUUAAACUUAAAACAGUGAAGGCUAGCGGUUGCAUCCGUCUCAAGAGUUUUCCACCCCUCAAGUUGCCCUCUCUUGAACAUCUUGGUCUUUCACAUUGUCAUAGUCUUGAGAAUUUUCCAGAAAUAUUGGGAAAGAUGGAAAACAUGACAAAGCUUACGUUGUAUAACACUCCCGUAAAGCGAUUCCCAGUUUCAUUUCAAAAUCUAAUUGGACUCCAGGAAUUAAACUUGAGAUUGAAUGGGAUGGGAAUUGGAGUUGUUCGCUUACCAACUAGCAUCAUCCAGAUGCCAGAGUUGACUGCUAUUUCCGGUGAGGGAUUGCAAGGGUGGCAAUGGCUACAAGAGGAAGAGGGUACAGAAAAUUUUGGCUCAUUAGUCUCCUCAAAGGUGGAAGACCUUUCGGCCAAUUAUUGCAACCUGAAUGAUGAUUUUUUUUCAAUAGAUUUCACGUGGUUUGCUCAUUUGAAAAAAUUAAAUCUUCGGUACAAUAACUUCUCUAUAAUUCCCGAAUGCAUCAACAAAUGUCAAUUUUUAUGGAUGCUUGAUGUGAGUCAUUGCAGGCAUCUUCGGGAAAUUAAAGGAGUUCCCCCAACAUUAAAAGAAUUUUUCGCAAUAGCCUGUGAAUCCUUGACUUCAUCGAGUAUAGACAUGUUCCUAAAUCAGGAACUGCAUGAGGGUGGAUACACUUCAUUCAAUUUGCCAGGAGCAAGGAUUCCAGAGUGGUUGGAUCAACGAAGCAGGGGACCUUCAAUUUCUUUCUGGUUUCGUAAUAAUUUCCCAGACAAAGUUCUCUGUUUCGUUAUUGCACCUAUGCUUAACUAUGACAAAUACUUUUGUCCCAGUGUGUUCAUCAAUGGCAAUAAGUUCACCUCUGAGAUCCCCAAUUUCUCCAAGGGAACGGAUCAUACAUAUCUUUCUGAUCUUCGAUUAAGAAAUUUCACAUGCAGUCCAUAUGAUUUUUCUUUUGAAAAUGAAUGGAACCAUGUGGAGAUUAAAUAUCUGGUGGUGGGUUGCAAAGAGACCUCUUUACAAAUCGGAAUCCACAUAUUCAAUCAGGAAACCAGCAUGGAAGAUGUUCGAUUCACUGAUCCUUAUAGUACCAGGGGAAAAUAG